AUGGCUCCCACCGCUGACCUGCAUGGCUUGUCCAUGGAUGCAAUCCUGGGGCUUCCAGGGCUGCCAUCGCUCAAUAGUACCCUCGGCGCCAUCCUUCUCGGCAGUAUCUUUGGUUUCAUCCUCAUGGAGACCUUCCAUACGGUCUUGUGGAUCAUCAUCUGCUAUCAGUAUCUUGUCGUCAACUACUUCAACCCUCUGAAUCUGAUCGAAACCCACUGGUACAUCAAGCUCACGAUACCGAUGACGGCGAUCACCGGCAUGUUCAGUCAAAUCUUCUAUGCCGGCCGAGUAUACUACAUCGGUCCUCAGUUGAAGUACAGGCUCCUUGUCGCUGCAGCGGUUUUUGUCAUGUUCCUAUCUCUAGGAUGGGAUUUCGCUGCGACCGUCAAAGUCUUCCGUGCUUCAUCCAUUUUCGAAUUCUCCCAUUGGACUUGGAUCGUCUCGGUCGCAUAUGGCCUCGCGGUGGUGUGCGACCUCAUAACCGCAUUGGCCCUCAUAGUCGUAUUGCGACGCAGCCGCACAGGCGUGAAACGGACUGACACGGUCGUGGAUGCGCUGAUAAUGUAUACGGUGAACACGGGACUACUCACUACUAUCCUCGGCACGCUCGUCUUCGCCUUCGCGAUAGUUUACCCGGAUAACUUAAUUUACGCCGGACUCAGCAUCCCCGGUGUCAAGCUCUAUUCGAACUCUGUGUUGGCCAUGCUCAACUCGCGUCGCUCCCUCUCCGAGCGCAUGAUGCAAGGCUUCGAAGCGGGCACCCACGACGAAGGGCGUGCCGGGCGCCCGCAGACGCCCCACACCGUCCUCGAGACAUGGAACGUUCGGCAGAUGCCUGUUACGUUGCCAGUCACUAUGGACUCGAUGAGAAGCCUGGGUACACAUUCGGACAGCGCCGAGCCGCCCAGCAGUGGCAGAACCGUCGAUGUGGAAAAGGCAAGCCUCGCGGACGUCCAGGCGGAGCGGGCUGAGAUCGCGCACGUCGAAGUACCUGUGGAUCAUGUUGUGCCCCAUGGGUUGGGUAGCCAGAAGUGA